AUGGGUCGGCUCGACCGGAGUGAUACCACGGCCUCACAGAAAACCGGCGUGAAACAACCCACAGCGUUGUGUUUCACCGUGUCGACAAACGAGCAGGCGGAUUACCUGAUGACCUCAAGAAGCAACUAUGUGUGCUGUAUGCGGGCAAAUAGACAGACAGUGCAGGACUUAUCACGAAACUUGCAGGAAUUGGGUUCGGACAACAAUGCAGUAGCCCCUUAUAUUCAACUGGUUAGCCCACCAGAGCCACCACCAUUACCACCUGUUUUAAGCAGGCCGCUUCAAAUGGAAAUGCAAGCAAAAAUAAUCCGGCCCUGCCCUCAGCUGACACACCGCUGUAUCCGCGAGGUGUUGGCCUCAAACUCCAACUGUGACAGAAAUGUGAUGGGCUUCAUCGCCAACCAGUACUCCGUCAACGAAUUCCGCUUCGAAACCCCAUACUUCAACAGCUCGUACGUCGACAGGAACCUCAUCGUCAGAAAUCAUGACAAGUGCUUUAUUUCAGAGUUUUUCUAUAACACAGAAACGAGUAAAGCCGUCCUAGGUAUGACGUGUCGGAACCUGGAGCUGGAGUCUGACAGAGUACUGAUCCAACACAGAACCUUCAAGGAAGACACUUUCUACAACUACCACAUACACGCCACAUACCCCGAGAUCCGCAUCACGGUAAACCUGCCGAAGAGGACCAACCUGAACCUGUGCACCUCCCACGUAUUUACUGAUGUCGUCACGCUGCCCAUCAUGCACAUCGACCCUAAAGAUUGCCGUACUUCAAGAUUUCUGUCAAAAGACCGUAGUCUUUUGGAUAUCUACGAAAGAGAGAACUUCUUUUAUAGAGGAUUUCCACUCAUGAGGAUAUUUGUGAAUUCUUAUAUAUGCAACUACAGAUGCAGGCCACAUAUACUGUAG